AACGCUAAUUGACGCGCGCCAGUAAACAAAGAAGAAGACGUUCCACCGCGCAGGCGCAGUUUGCUGACCUUCCAAGCAAGCAUGGCAGCUCGGGCUCUGGCGAAAGGUCUUUGUGGGCUGCGACCCUCUCGGGCUGUUACAAUAGGAUACUCCUGUGGUGGAAGUCAAUAUGCCACUGCAGCGUCAGUGAAAGCCCAACAACCCCAAAUCGACGACCUAACAGAAAAGAUCAUAAAUCAGACACUUGAGAAGCCGGACUACUUCCGUGUGUCAGAGCUCAUCUCGUUGAAGGAACUGUUUGACGCCCGAGUGCAUCUUGGACAUAAAAAAGGCUGCAGACACAGGCUCAUGGAGCCUUACCUGUAUGGCUGCCGCUUUGACCAAGAUAUCAUUGAUCUCGACCAGACUGUGGAGCACCUUGAGCAAGCCCUGAACUUCACAGCACAUGUGGCGUAUCGUGGUGGUAUCAUCCUGUUUGUCAGCCGCAGGCGUCAGUUCGGCCACCUGGUGGAGAGCACCGCUAAGGACUGUGGGGAGUACGCACACACUCGGUACUGGCAAGGUGGCCUUCUCACCAACGCCCCCGUCCAGUACGGCCCAGGAGUCCGCUUACCGGACCUCAUCGUCUUCUUCUCCACCCUCAACAAUGUGUUCCAGCAGCACAUGGGCAUCAGAGAUGCAGCAAAGAUGAACAUUCCCACAGUGGGUGUGGUGGACUCGAACUGCAACCCCAGCCUGGUGACGUACCCGGUGCCUGGCAAUGAUGACACUCCGGCCGCCAUGGAGCUGUACUGUCGCUUAUUCAAGAUGACUAUCAACCGCGCCAAGGACAAAAGGAAGCAAAUAGAGCUACUGCAAGGCCUUUCUGCACCCCCCACAAAAAGCUCAUGACAUAAUCUAUCUAAAAAAUAACAGACAUUAAAAAUGCAUUUAAACGUCA